AAGAUGAAGCUUGUAUUGGCGAUUUUGAUCGCGUCGUAGUUGGUCGUUGACACGGUGUAAGGAUAGGGGUUUACAAACAUUUGCUCGUAGCGUAUUGCUGAUGGCCUGCGGCUAGUAUUCGCUAUCAGCAUUGCUAUCAGUAAAUAUACGAUGUUCAUUUUAUAAUUAUUACUUACUUCGACGGUAAUUUAAAAAGAGAUGUCAGCGUUUGGGGGAUCUGGAGCAAUCGCUUUGGUCGCAGGGGUUGUCAUUGCUGUUGGUGUUAUAAUCUAUCAACAAAUCCGUGCUAAUUCAAGUAAUUCUCAUGACUAUUCAUACCAGGAGCGAUCAGGACGUAUCGAGCAAUCUACCAGAUCAGAUCAACCACGAGCACCACCAGGAGACACAAGAAGAACUCGUAAUACCAAUUGCCCCAUCUGCAUGGCACCCAUGCGUAAUGCUAUAAUUCAGUUACCGGACUGUGGACAUAUUUUUCAUGACGAGUGCUUUAGUAUCUGGAGACAUGCCGUGGUAAUGAUGAAUCCUCAUGCCAUACUCUGUCCAACCUGCAGUCAAGCAUAAGGUCGCAAACACUGAAUAGACCAUUACAAAACCGAAGACUUUAUUCAGUAUGAAUAUAGUAAAUAACGAGUGAUGUACGGAUUAUUUACGCAAUAAUCGAUAGAAAUCUCUUUUUGACAAAAAUAUUGUUUGCUUAUGUAUAUGAUGUAUCACUAGUUUAAAUAGUACUAGUACUAAUUAUUCAUUUUUUUUAUUAGUACUAGUACUAAUACCUGGCAAAUACAUUGUGAUAGCAUUAAUCAUUUUUCCCUAUAAAUAUAUAUAUAUAUGGGGUAUUCCAUA